UCAUUUUUGGACAAUGUGGAGAUAAUUGUAAAUAAAAUCUGUUUCUGCAAAGAAAAGUAGGGGUCACCGACCGUCCAAGAUCGUUAGAUCCAGGCAAAGCCAUAGCAAUAGCCAUCUGCCCUAUCAUUGUUCAUUUUAUUACUUAGCACAUGCUCUCAUGCAUGACAUGGCAUGUGAAUUUGCGUGCACAGUAAGGAUGCACAGAAACAAUUAGCACAAAUGUCCUUUAACUGUCUGCAAUGCUCACUAUCAGCGAGACAUUUACCCAGGAGAAAUAGCUUUAAUCAAGAGAAAUGUUGCAUGACUACAUGUACUGCAAAUAAGAAGAGUAUUAAUUGGUGUAAAUUAUCUGAAUAUCAUAACCUUGCUACUGCAUGUAAAGGAAGAUAUUUCUGAUAGCCUUGGGCUAGUACAUUGUAGGUUAUGUGUUUGGACUGGUGGAUUUCACCAUCUGUUUACCUAAAUGGGCAAUUGACCCAGUGGCUGUAGACCCCCUGUGAAAAUGUUUGACCAACAGUACUUGGAAGAAAACGUUCAAAAUGGUUUCAAAGCUUGUAGGCUGCUUUUUCUGGCGUUCGCCUUCCCAAAAUGGGCUUUAAACACGGAGCAAUCCUAUAAAAGGCAAGGACACGCCACCUUUGAAGCACUUUGUUGGCUUUUUUGUGCAACGGUGGAAAGCCGAAAUAAUGGUCGCGUUACAUGGAAGUCGUGAAGAAAUAGCGUUUUUUUUUUUUUUUCGUUAAAACAAUGGAGUCAUUUAUGUAGAAUGAUAUAAGGUGAAUAAUAAAAAUACAGUGAAAAUAAAACUUAUAUUAACUCUUUAGAAGAUGCCUUUGGAACAACAAAAACAAUGAAUUAUCUUCUGCACUUCACGGAACAUUCAAAUUUCGCCAGUAACUAAAAUAACAAAGCUGAUAACUGUGAUCAAUGAGCUAUCUUUUUCCAUUUAUCUCAGCAUGCCGAGAACGAAAACAAAUCUCGUUAGAGGUGAUUUUGGUUAGCCUGUGAACACAGACGGAUUUUGGUGGGGUAUUCAAAAUUAUUCAGAUUUAUGAACAUUAUGAUGGUGCAAACAAAAUGCAAAUUGAACAAUGAGUUAUUCCUCAAACUGUUCUAUAGCAUUCAUAGCAAAGAAAUUGGAAAAAAAAAGUACUACAAAGAAACAAGAGAACUUGAAAAAUGGCAAGGUGAGAUUUUUAUGUUACAAAGGAGAAGGAAGACUCAUGGCUGAAUGCAAGAAAAACUUGAGUUCGUAAAAGGCCGACUGAAUUUUAGCAGCAAGAGUACAACAGCAGCCAAUGUUCACCUUAUGGAAUCUCUUUUAGAUAACUGGCUGAAGAAUAACCAUAUUACCGUAGAUAUAAUAUAUUACCUUCACAGUCCACUUGUAUCUUUUUUUUACAAGUUUUAGUUUCCAAACUUAUUUCUCAACUGCAUUAAUCCUCGAAGGAGCAAAGACACUCUGGCAAAAGAACUAGACACAGCAUUUUAUUAAUUUGAGUGAACAGUUCAAAUUCAUACGAUUGGAACAAAAUUAUGAAGUUGAAAUAAAAAAAGGUCAGUUUUUUUGUAAACUCUUCUCCUGAAGCUAUCAUUCAUUUAGUUCAAAAGGCAUUGCCCACUGGUAAAAUAAAACAAAAUUACACCCGUUGCUCUCCAGAAUUUUUUGGCAACACUCUAAAAUUAGACCUGAGUGAAUAAGCCAAUCAAAUGGGAGCAUUGGUCAUCCGUUGGGAUUUGUGAUUGGCCAGCUGAACACCUCAGCCUUGUUAUACAGGAUCGCUCCAUGUUUAUCGUAAGUGAAAUGAUAUGAGGGAUCCAGGUAUUUUGUGUUGUAAAAGCCGCAUAUCAGUUAAAUGUGUAUCAUGGAAAUCCACAAUGCGGAUAUCAUUUCCAUUCUCAAUUUGCCAUCAACAAAACGAUGAUUAAAGAAUCAAAGCAAACAAAGACCAAUCAUUUUGUUUUUUGUGACCAGUGGUUUCUGUGCAAGGAAGAAAUAACUUUUUCUUUUAUAGAUUUCUGAUUUUACUGGGCUCUCAAUAAAGAUCAUCAGAUUAUGCGAGGUUUCAAAAUAGUUAUUUUUGGAAUUAUAGUAGUUUUAUUAGGUGUGAGAAUAAAAUUGUGAACAUUUUUGUUUUUGCUACAAUUUAUCCGGAUUUCAAUUCUCACGCAUUUUGUUAUUGUGUAAUUUUUUCGGACAAGAAGGUUACCAUCCCCCUAAGUCUGAAAGUGCCCCCAUUCCUAUCAGUUACCUUUUUCUACUGCCAGACCUUCAACAGUAUUUCUGUCAUUCUACUUGCAAUGGGCAUAAAACUGAACACGCAAUUGGACUUGAUAAUUUAAUGAAAAUCAUGCUGAAUGUAUACCACAAAACUCCCCAGAAACUAUCUGGAGCAUCUCAUGUUGAUAGCCAGGCAGAGUUGACUUUUAAUGAGGCUCAUUGUGAAGCAACUGAUUAGAGCUUGGUAUCUGAAGUUUGGAGAAAACAGCGGGAUACUGGAGCACAGUUUCACAGAUAUAACUUUUUCUGCAUGAAAGGAAAUAGAGGCUCUAUAGUCACAGGCUAAAGAUAAGUACACUACCAGCAGCAUACACUGUAUAAUGCAGAUCAAGUCGUGACUUACUGUGCAGCAAUAUAAUUUGCUUGUUUGUUUUCCUUUCAGUAUUUUUACUAUGGAAAUUUGAUGUUGAUGGCCCUCCUCCCUUCACUAGCAACCGUUGUGAAUUUUAAGGACUUUGUUGAUCUGGAAUUGACCGUAGCUUUUUAUAUCUUUAUCUUUCUUUGCUCAGGUGGUUGUACAUGGGGUAUGUCUUGUAGGUUUCUACAUCCAGGACUUAAUGACAAAGGUGCAUAUCAAAUGCUCCCUGAGCCUGGCCAGUAUCCCAGCCCCUUCCCCAAGGUACCAGUCGCUCCUGUCCAUCCAGAGGCUAUAAUGCCAUCCUUCCCAGACCAGGAUGUUGGGCAAUUGGAUGAUGAAAUGGCUGAUAGAACACAACCCAUCUCAGAGCCGAUAGCCCCACCCAAAAAAGAAACAGCAUGGGAGAGGGGACUAAAACUAGCAAGAGAAAUUAAAAAAGCUGCCCAGAAGCGAAAGGAAGAAGACGCUGAUUUUGAGGAGAAGCGUAUGAUCCUCGGCAUCACAGCUGAAGGAGACGAAGAUGAAAAUGACAAAGAAAAUUUGAUGAGACGCCGUGAGAUGAUACGAAGCAGGUUGGAAAAAGAGCCUGUCAUGUUCGGUCAAGAGGAAGAAGACAUCAGACAUCGUAGAGGAGGAGAUAUCGUGUCACGGUGGAGAGACAAGAGAGAUUCCUCACCUGUCCAGUAUCGGGAUCGUGACAGACGAAAAAAGAGAGCUUAUCGUACUCCAUCAUCUUCACCUGAAAGGGACAGGCGAAGUAGACGAAGAGGCGGUGAAAAAGAGAAACAGAAGGAAAAGGCAAAAGAAAUUACCAAAGAACGAGAAAAAGAACGAACGAAAAAGCCUUCGAAAGAGACGGAAAAGACGGGAGAGGAGAAAGUUAAAAACAAGAAAGACAAAGGGAAAGAAAAGGAUAAAGAAAUCCCAGCCGCUGGGGAUGGGAAAAGCGACAGUGAAGUUACGCAAGAGAAAAACGUUGAAGUCAAGGAGCAAACAAUUUCAGCUCUAAAGGAACAACACAAUGACACAAUUGAUGAGAACAAGGAUGAAGGAAGGAAGAAAAGGAGUCAGGAAGUGAAUGUAAAUACUGAAACAACAACAGCAAAGGAAGGUGACAAGAGAGAGGAUUUAAGAGAAACGGUAGUUGAAGAAAAGGACAAAUCUAAGCCGAAAGCACUAGGAAUCUCAAGUUCCCGUCUUCCUAAUGAUGAAUGGAUAGAUCCCUGGCAAAGAACAACAUCUCCUAAACGCCACUCGGUUUCUUCUCGUAGUUCACGAAGCAGGUCUUCAUCCUCCUCCUCAGACUCAUCACGUUCCUCACGCUCACACUCGGGAUCAGAGUCACGUUCCACGUCACGCUCUGCUUCUCGCUCGCGGUCUCGCUCAGUUUCUCCAACGUCUUCCAGAUCACGAUCACGUUCGCGCUCUGGCUCCCGGUCAAAAUCACGUUCCCGAUCUGGUUCUCGGUCUUCAGGGAGCGAUAGGUCAAGCUCAACAAGUAGCAACAGUCCUGUUAAAGAGGUGAAGACUGUGCACAAUGAAGACGAUGAAGAGAGAGGUGGCACGCAAGCUUCUAACGUUUCUUCAGAGUCCGAAUCCCAAUCAAACAAGUCAAAAUCGCCAUCGCCUAAACCUACGCAAAAAAGUCCUACUAAGCUCAAAGGUUCACCAGAACCAGGGCCUCGAACUCCACCAGUUGAGACUAAUCGUAAUAUCAAGGAAAAGAGGAAUCGUUAUGAGUAUGGCCGAGCAGAUAGAAUACAAAAAUCCCAUGGGGCCAGCUGGGGCCGCCGAGCAGGUGUGCGGCCAUUCCAAGAUCCCUAUAGUCGAGAGCGCGGACAUCAUUCUCGAAGAGGAAGGAGUCCUGACAGGCGAAGAAGAUCUCGAUCACCUCGAGCAAGGAACGAAGACCGACGACGACCCAACCAGUCAAAAACACGAGAACGUUCUUCAAGUGCUGACAGUAUGGAGCAUGCACUAGCUCGUCCCAGUUCUCCACGUACAACACGAGAGCGAGGUGGGUUCCGCCGUGGAUCUAGUGCGUCAUCCAGUGAUAGUGCAAGUGCAAGCAGUGAUACUGGAAGCGAAUCAGAAGAGCACCCAGCCAAAACACGCCGAGCAGCCCCUAAGACUGAACAAGUCAAGCAAGCACAGAAUGUGCCAUUGACAAGCGGCAACAUUAGAUAUACUGGCCAUAAAGAUAUUAAACUAACUUUGAACAAGUCUGUUGCGCGAUCAGAGGCUACGGACUCCUCUAAACCUUCCCAGCAUUCUCCACCGUACAGAUCUGAAGCCAGCAGUAGCAAUGACAAACAGUCAGCUUUAAAAAAGCGACCACGUGAUCCGUCCCCAGUCACCGACGCUCAAGAGGCCGUGAAGGUAGCGGUUGCGUCAUCCGUGACGCCGCAACCUACGAUUAAACCCGAGAAACGAUCAAUGGAUUCACAAGCGGAAGCAGUGCCUGCUGGGAAAUCAAAUGCUGCAAACACUUCCUCGAGGAGAGAAGAACUCCUCCGUGAACUGAAGGCUGUGGAAGAUGCCAUAGCAAGAAAACGAGCGCGAAUUGAAUAACCAUUCCAAAGUUACUACUUUGACAUUGAUUUUUCUUUCUCGUGAAUGUAUAGUAAAAAUCCGUUAUUCGUCACUUUCUGUGUAUCGUCAUUUUUAUCUAAAUUGCGAAACUACAAGCGGGACGAACAAACUGUUUUUUCGUUGUAAUCAAAAAUCACUUUAAAAGUGGAAAGCAUUGAAGGCAGUUAGCUAGCAAGAUUGCCAUCGAUUUCCUUUCUCCCAUUUUCAAGUCACGCUCGAAUAUUUGAUAUACUUGUCGAUCAACAUUUCCCCACGCGCUACACCUGUCAGAAGUCCCAAGUUUAAAAUACGUACCAGAACGCUUGCUACACAGAGUAUUUGAACUUCAGUCCCUCAGUCUCGCUGUCCAGAACGAGAACAAUUUACUUCUCACAAGCAGGGUUCUCGGUUUUGGUAUCGCAUUGUGCCCAAAAGGUACACAAUAUUUAGCCAUGUUUAUGUGAUGUUCGUUGAGCACUCAGUGUUUGGGUGGCGGAAGUAAAUUCCUGAGAACUUACCGAUUUAACUAAGUUGUUUUAAACACCAUUAAUGGGCAAGUAGUAUCACUGAUGAUGUCAACAUUUGUCAUUUUUGUCACACACGAUAGACAGUGCUUCAUUACAUUUGCGAACAACAAAGACAACUCUAAAUUUCUACUCAUAUUUAAAGAAAAACUAAAGAGAAGUCGACCCUCUAUAAUGCAGACAAUAAAGUGUCCCAAUGUGCAUAGACAUGACGUAAUUGCAAGGGCUUUACCAAUGGCAUAAAGUGCUGUUCACGUUUUCAAUACUGACGUAAGCAUGUCUGAGAUGCAUCUAAAUUGUUUAAUAGACAAACGGACGCCGUUAGAUGUCCAGGACAAAAUCACGAUAUUUGUUGUACAAUCGUGCAUGUAUUUCAGCAGAGAGAGAAAAUUUGAAAGCCUUCAUAAAAUUCGAAUUCCGAUGAUAGAUGGCACUUAUAACUGAUUGUCUUGAUUUCGAAGUUUUCAUUGGCUUGUCUGUAAUAAAGAGAGGGUUAUAUGAA